CUGCAGAAUGGACACGACGCUGGUGGAUUUCUCAGACAUGAGGUGGCAGCGAGGAGACCUGAGCUUCAUCUUUAACGGCCACCUCAGACCCAACGUGUCCUUGGUCGUCCUCGACAACGACCUUAAGGUGUUCCAGAGAAUACGAUGUGAGGAGACAGAGAUGGAGAUAGAGGAGGAGGUGGAUGUGUUGAUGAGCAGUGACGUUGUCGCAGCUCAGAUGUCCACUAAAGCCAUCACCUUCCAACGGGCACAGACAGGAUGGGUCUUCAGGGAGGACAAAACGGAGUCAGUGGGUACAUUCUCAGCUGACUACUACCAUAUAGGUGGGAUCCUACUGGAGUCUAGGAAAAGGAGAGAACACCUGUCUGCUGAAGACCUGAAGAAGAACAAGGAGCUGCUGGACAGCCUCAGUCGGGGCUUCUUCGUGGAGAACAGCUGUGAUCAGCCGUGUGUGAGGAGGGAGUCCAUCCAGCCCCCACCCCCCUCUCCUGUCAGCUGGGAGGAGUACGUCACUGCACCUUCUGGAAGGUGGCCACACCUGGGCAGACCCAUGGUCGUCAAGGAGUCUCGGAAAUCUCUCAAGGCAACAGUUGCCAUGAGUGAAGAAUUUCCCAUCAGACUCGACAGGCUGCUGGAUGUUCUGGAGAUCAUCGCUCCCUUUAAGCACUUCCUGAAGCUGAGGGAGUUCGUGCAGUUGAAGCUGCCCUCUGGGUUCCCUGUCAAGAUAGAAAUUCCGGUCCUCCCAACCAUCACAGCAAAGAUCACGUUUCAGGACUUCCAGGCGAGAGACUCCGAUUAUUACCCACAAUCCUUCUUCCUCAUCCCAAACAACUUCAAAGAAGACCCCAACAGGUUCCCUGACUUGUGAACACACCCACGGAGCAGUGGACCUGCCCAACAUCUGCCUUGUUCUGCCUCAGUCUCGGCUGGUCCAUUUGUGGAAAAGGGGUGGUUGGUGGUAGAAUCCUAUUUUGUCCUGUAUUUUGUUUUUGCAAUAUGUGUACUUAGUAUUUUAAGUCAUACGUAUACAACAUAACAGGAAACUGAAUAUGCUUAUUGUUCUCCUAGUCAAAUUUCUUCCAGAAAACAUA